UUGUUGAUAGAAAUAAUGCGAAGUAAUCUUUUAGUAUUGUCGGUACUGUCAAAAUGGCGGUCACACGGCGCGGAUAUAUUUUUGGUGCAUUUUUGUCCAGUUUACUGUGUGUUCUAUUGAUUGUUGUGGCACUAGCUAGUGACAGUUGGGUUGUUUCCACAGCCACAGCACCGGGCCAAGCAAACGCCAAUGAUAUCAACUAUGGCCUCUUUAGAGGAGAGAUUAUCUUACGGCCUCUCAUCACUCCAGAUGUUCACACCUUGUACAUGACAUGUGCGCCCGAACUCAAUGCCUGCGCUGUUAGUUGCAAGACUGAUCCAGAAGCCAGAUUAACAGAGGUGCGGGCCCUAGCUCGAGGCUUCAGACCGACUGCCGAUUGCCUGGCCACAACCGAAUUCGAUACUACGAAUCCGUUGUCACGUGCCCCGGUGAUUACAUUCGGCCUCUACGUGGCGCUGAUCGCUCUGCUCAUCAUACAACUGGUGCUAGCUGUCGUGGCUGCUGGUCUGGCCAUCCUCAACGCCACCAGAAACCCCACUGAACCUAUAUUUGGAUUACCUGGAUGUUUAUACACAAACUUAGGGACCAUUUUCGUGGGCGUGCUGGUGAUGCUAAUGUUCGGCAUAUAUUGGCUAUCGUCCGGAUUGAAUGAGCAUCUCGCGCUGUCAUACGUAGCGCUAGGCAUUUAUACUGCGGCCUCUGGACUUGGGUUCUCUUAUUGGUUGUUACUGGUAGCCCUGUUAUGUUCAGUAGCCAACGUGGUACUGAUUCAAGUGCGCGCCUACCUCUUGGAAAGGGACCCGCCGCCGCCCACGAUCAAAGUUGAAAACCAUUCCGACGGCACCAUCUUCUUAUACUAAGAUAACGUUAAAUUAUUUUAAUUAGUACACUUGCUUGCAAUAAUAUUGGGUCAGUUAACAUUCUUACUUACAAGUUAUAAUAUUGUAUACGUGAAAGUAACUCUGUAAGUGCGUUACGUACAUAACACUAAAAUUUUUGAACCAAUUGAGCUGUAAUUUGUCACUGAGAUAGGUGGCACCCUGGAGAUAAGUAUAGGAUGGCAUGCACGUGAUGGCAAUAGUUACUUCACGCACGGUUGAACUUGGAACCUCGUACACCCUGUAGGUAUUCCUUAUUAUGUUUCGAGUGCUGUAUAAAAAAAACUGGCCAGAUAUAAUUGCCUCUGAGUGUACUUCUUGAAAUAUAGAGAGUAUGUUAGGUGUGAAGUUAUUCAAAUUGAUGGACUUAAGACAGUGAGAAAAACAUUGGGCUAUUUUGAACUUUAUAAAAAUAGUAUACAUUAUUUAUUAAAAGUUACGUAAGAAGGGGGCCAAGUAAAGUCUGAAUCCACUUUUUGAAUUAAUUUUAAUAUCUUAACAAACUCUCUAAGCUAAAAUUAAUUAAUAUUAUAAUUUAUUGAUUAAUGUCACCUCCGUCAUUAAAAUUCCUAAUUUUAAUUAGUUUUAAACUUUGUUACUGUAUGUAAAUAAUGUGAAGUGUGUAAUAAAUUUGUAAUUUUGUAA